UUUUCUCCAGGCAACUUGCGAGGCACGACAUCCUUACCUGCUGCUCAUCAACCAUGGCCGGAAAAUCGUUUUCCGCGGCUUCUGGGACUAAGCUUUCCGCCACAUUCUUCAUCUUUCAGUUGCUGCUCGCUGUGGCCUCCGGUUAUGAAAACACUUUCAGGCCAAUGGUGAGAGGGGAAUCGCCGGGGAACCCGGACAACCCACUUUCGUCUUGGGUCAACCAGGAGAUGCAGAAGCUUCAGAACUCCCAGAUGGAUGCUCAGUCCAAAGACGGCGGGCAGGAUCCAAAGCUCCAGGAGGCAGAGAAGAACAGAAAGGUAAUAAAAGUCGCCGCCGACGGCUCCGGCGAUUUCAAGACGAUAACCGACGCCGUCAAGAGCAUCCCGUCGGGUAACACGGACAGGACGAUCAUCAAGAUCAAGUCGGGCACCUACAAUGAGAAGGUGCUGAUCGAGAAGAACAAGCCGUUCAUCACCUUCUUAGGCGACUCCGGCUCUAAGCCGACGAUCGUCUUCGACGGCACCGCCGCCAAGUACGGGACCUUCUACAGCGCCACCGUCUGCGUCAUGUCCGAUUACUUCAUGGCUUCCAACGUUAUCUUUAAGAACUCCGCGCCCAAGCCAGCUCCAGGGGCAGAGGGAGGACAGGCCGUGGCCCUGCGCAUCGCCGGCGAUAUGGCUGCCUUCUACAAAUGCGAAUUCAUAGGCUUCCAAGACACGCUCCACGACGAUUCCGGCCGCCAUUACUUCGAGAACUGCCAGAUCCAGGGCACCGUGGAUUUCAUCUUUGGAGACGGAAGGUCCCUCUACAAGGGUUGUACCAUUACCUCGGUAGCCGAUCCCAAGGGAAUAUCGGCGAUGAUUGCACAAGGGAGGGAAGGCAGUAGCGACAGUGGUGGCUUCACCUUCGUCAACUGCAAGGUCACCGGCUCCGGAAAAGCAGACCUCAACCGAGCCUGGCGCAGCUACUCUAGAGUCGUCUUCGCCAAUUGCUAUUUGGACUCUGUGGUCAGUCCCGAAGGCUGGGCUGACCAUGGGCUUGGCGACAAGAACUUGUUCUACGGUGAGUACAAGUGCAGCGGACCUGGGGCGAGCGAUUCGAGUCGUGUGAGCUACUCGAUGAAGCUGACGGACGCACAGGCGAAGCCCUUCAUGGACACUUCUUUCAUCGAUGCCAGCUCCUGGCUCCGCUCACCUCCAUCAGUCUGAAAACAUGAUGUUCAUGAGCUUCAAUGAGUCGUAUCAGCAUCGAUAUAUUUAUAUUUACAUUUACGGAGAGAAGGGUGGUGUUGAAGCUGGUUUUUGCUACCUGCCAAGCGACUGCCAUCUCCUUCAAAUAUGAUAAUUCCAUUAGAUUUUUUUACCCCCCAUUGUUAAUUCUUCUUCUAUGUUUAAUUUUGUAUUGAUUUUUUCCUCCUGCUGAGCUCACGGUAGCUUGAGGUCAAGGUGUAUUGGCGAAUUGCCUAAAGAAAACUGAGCUUUAGAAAUAAUUGCCAUAAACUUUCCAACUCC